GCCAAUCAGAAUCGGCUCGAGCCCUUCGUCACAGCCAAUCAACUGACGAGCUGUGCUUCUCGAAAACAUGUCGCCCAUGAAGCUGUGUGUUCCUGGUGAUAAGCUAUGCAGCGUAGAAGACUGUAUUCCCGGCACAGGAGUAUACCUGCGGCACGGCUACAUAUACUCGUCGCUAGCAGGCUACGUGCUCAAGAAAAAUGAGGGAGAGGAGUUACCAGUGAUCUCAGUGGUGAGGGAAACAGAAACACAACUACUACCAGAUGUUGGAGCAAUAGUCACCUGUAAGGUGACGAGCAUCAACCCCAGGUUUGCCAAGGUCCACAUCCUUUAUGUAGGCUCCACACCGCUUAAGGACCGCUUCAGAGGCACUAUCAGGAAAGAAGACGUGCGAGCAACAGAGAAAGACAAGGUGGAGACGUAUAAAAGCUUCCGACCUGGUGACAUUGUCUUGGCGAAAGUGAUCUCUCUUGGUGAUGUGCAGUCUAACUACCUGUUGACAACAGCGGAGAAUGAACUGGGGGUGGUGGUGGCACACAGCGAAGCAGGUUCCCAAAUGGUUCCCAUCAGCUGGUGUGAGAUGCAGUGCCCACGGACACACGCCAAAGAGUUCCGCAAAGUGGCGCGAGUGCAGCCAGAGUAUCUACAGGCAUGAGAGCCCUGAAACGUCUUUCUUCCACAAGGAACACACAGCUUCCCCCCCAACCCCUUCUCUCACUGUCGUCGAGUAGCCUGGUUCAGAUAUUUUCUGAGAGACUGGACGUUGUUAGUUACUUUUGGUUUCAUGUUUGUCUUAAGUGUUUUUUUAAAUAGCCUGCCUUCUGCACAUAUUGUCAUCAUUUAAAUGUGCCAGGUUGAAAACACAGAAGCGUUGUCGGACCAAACUUCAAAGUUGUCAGGACAUAUUCCAAACAACGUAGCGACUGUUGUAAAGAUGUUAUUAACUGAACAAAAUGUUACAUUGCAGCUGCCAAACUUUCUAAGAAACCUCUAUGUUGGGAUGCUUAACGCAUCAUAAUUUUGCACCUAGUGAAGAAAGGCCUUUUCCACAGAUGCAGGAUUCCCUUAGUUUUGCUAAUAGGUAUUAUGGCGGAUCAACAGGUCGCUUGAAGGAUGAAGCAGUUGGUGCAGGAUGCUGGGUGCUUACACGUGUAGGGCCCUGUGUACAUCACAUGUAAAGGCAAAAAUGAACACUCAUAUUCUGAGAUCAUUCUAAGGCCAGUGGCUGUUUUGGUCUGAAAUGAGGAUUCGACCAAAAAUGCUGCAUAACACCACACUUUGAAACUUCUUUUGCAUGAUGUUGUAUAUGCAGACGCCUUGUUUUGUUUUUUUAAACCUUGUCCAUAAAGCGACAUUAUACCAUCUCCUCAGGCUUCCUUUUCCUUACUCCUUUCCAGUUUCAACUAAUGUCCUGACAGUAGUUUUAAAGGAAGGUGAAUUUGAUUAAGAGCCUAAUGUUCAAUCAGAAUUACAACACAGCUACCAUGCGAGGAAUAUUGAAGUACAAUGUAUGAUAGUCAAAUAUUUCUUUCUUAUCCAGCACAUUAUCAAAAUGAUUGAGCCUACGACAAGCAAAGAGAAAGUGUAAUUUCCUUAUUCUUUAUUCACUUUACAGCAGAUGGAAUUCAUGUGUAAGAUUGAAAUAAAAUGACUAUCAAACCAA